AGUAUGUUAAGCCAAGGAAAGUGUGGCGUAUAAAAACGACACUCACAAGCGCCAGUUAUAACACAAACUAUUGAGCUGGUCCAAAGAGGUAUUAUAGAAAAAAGAAAAUAUGGACUCCACAACUAGACAGUAUGAUGCUUACGUAAUAGCAGACGAUAAAGAAGAGGACAGACUAUUUCUACAAGAAAUGGCGGACAAUUUGGAAUCGUCAGAACAUAAUCUUCGUCUACAUAUCAGAUCACGCGAUGGUGAUAUCGAAAUGGAUUACCAAAAGGAAUCAGAAAUCAUAACAAAGGGAUGUGAGAAAGUAAUUGUGGUUUUGUCCAAGAAGUUCAAAGAAAACGAAACUGCCAUGUAUCUUUUGAAAGUAGCAGUUUCAAGGUCGCCAGGAUUCCAAAUGAGACACAUAAUCCCUAUCCACCGAGAGGAAUGCAUCGCCCCUAGUUGUAUUCGAUUUUUGACCGCUAAUGACUACAGCAAACGUGACCUUAGACCUUGGUUCUGGCCACGAGUGGCCAUGUGUUUCAGGAAGCAGACACGCCCAUUUACAUCCAUAUCGACACCAAGGAGAGUAAAGAGAAAACUCCCGGACGUUCUAUGUCUGCCAGAUAUAAUUAUGGACUCUUUUUCUUCCGUCAAAGAAGAAAGCAAAUGGAGGACUAUUUAAACUUUUUAUCAUUUACUCUAAGGCUUAUUUUGAAACCAGUUGACCAUUAUUUUACAUUUUGCUUUCUAGUCAGGGAUCCAAUAUGUCUUAAUUUUUUAUGUUGUUUUCCCCCAAUUUUUGUCUAGUCCGUUAUGGUUCAUGAAUAAUUGUAGAGAGUGCUAUACAAUCAGAGUGCUAUUGUCUGUGAUAAUUAUAUUGUGUGAGAGAUGUAUUUUAUAGCCAUUUUAUAGCCAUCGUCUUUCAUUUGAUUAUGUAUAUAAUUAUAUGUCAUAUCAUUUUAUACUUAAAAAUAUUACAUAUAUAUUUGUUUUUUUACAAGAUAAACCAAGAAAUUGAUA